AUCAUUAGUUGUCAUUCAGGCAGCAAUCGGCAAGGUCUAUUCAUAUAAUGUUCUAUAGCUUCAAAUACAGUGACUGUGAAAGGAUCGUUUUCUUAAAUGUCAGCGAAUGUCAGUUCAACGGUGAUGAUGGUGGUGGACUCAAUACGGGGUGAGAGUAAUUUUACGCGCAAAAGCAACACAUUGGGUGAGUUACAUCGCUCUAACGAUGAGAUAGAAACUAGCGAAAACUUUGACAGAUGUCCGAUUUCCCCAUCGGGGCCUCUUGCGAUAAGGCAUGAGAGCGAGGCACAAGAGGGGAGCGAAUCCGAGAAUCAGUACGACGGAAACGGCAAGAAAAAGCGGAGGAGGAGGAUGAAGGGUGGCAAACAUCAUCGGAAAUGGAAACCUUAUGACAAACUGAGCUGGAAUGAAAGACGCGAGCUGGAGGAGAGGGAAACGGUACGUGCCAAUCAAAAGCGCGAGGAGGCGUUCGCACAUGGACACCCAGUGGCUCCGUAUAACACGACACAGUUUCUUAUGGAAGACCACAUUAAAAACGAAUCCCUAAAUUCGCCAUACGUGCAGGAGGACGAAGAGGAGCACCUGAGUAGACACGAUUCGAGGGAGUCUAGGAGUGGGUCACGGUCGAGCGAUUAUUCGGACGAAACUACUUCAACUAGUAGUGAGGAUGAAGAUCAUUUCAUGGAGAAAGAAUUUUCUGAAACCUAUGACAAUAUUCAUGCGGAAAGGUUACAGAUGAUGAGUAAGGACGAACUUAUUAAAGACUACGUAGAGAUGGAGGCAAAACUUGAACGUUUAGAGAAAAGAUACAAAAACAAACGACAGAAGCGCGAGUCAAAGAACAACAGUUCCGCUUCACUGAGCAGCGAGGGGGAGGAAUCCGUGGACUUGGAAGCGGCCAGGAAGUUUGAAGAUGAAAACAAGUUGUUGAAGGACGAAAAUUGCAAGCUGAAGAAUGAACUGACGAAAAUAAUGCACUGAAUUACUGCAUAUUUGUGAUAUUUAAAAAGUCAAAUAUAAUUUGAUUUUUAAUUAGAAUCCAAGUGGAUGUCUUUUAAGUGUUGGAACAGAGAUUGUACCUAACAUAACAUGUAAGAUAUUACAAGUCUAUGUUAUGUUUGUUUUAUCGAGAUGAGAAAUGGCACUUGUUUUUGUAUUUGUUGAGUUUUUUAUAAGAAUUUAAUUCUCAGUUUUUGAGAAUGUAUCAUUGCUUCCAUAAAGUUUGUCUCGUAAUAUUGACGAGUUUUGAGGAUAAGUACCGUCUUUGAUGCAUUUUAAGGCUUAAAUUUCAAGAUUUUUAUUAUGAAUAUCUUGUUUUAUAAGUAAUUUUGGUUAAGAAGGUGUGUACGCAAUAAUAACUCUUUAAAUCUGUUGAAUGCAAAUCACAAAUGGGAGGUACAGAGGUAUGUACUGUAUUUAAGUAAUUUAAACAGUCAUUGUGGUUAGGUUUUAAACUUGCAAGGUCUCGUUAUAUAUAUGUUGACUGACUGUCGAAACAUAAUUCAAAUACAGCUAGAAAGAUCGGAUAAGGUGGUUCCUUGGAUUUUUUAUGAUCAAUAAAAAAAUGUAGUAUUGGAUUAAUCUGAUUUCAUAGACAAACAGUUAAAAUUAAAUAUAAAAUGUAUCAAUAAUUGGGAGUCUGGCAGAAAAUUGAGAUUUUUUUUUUUUUAAACCUUUGGAGUUGGUCAAAGGAAUUUUUUUUCAAUAAAAAUGAUCGAUGUUGAAAUUUUUUGUUAAAUCUUUACAAAUACAGAUGCAUGCAUAUCAAGUCUUUGUAUGUUUAACUGGUUGGUGACAAAGUCUCGCUAGAGUACUAACUCUUGUCGCAGCACAAAUAAUUGACUUGAUUUUUUUUUUAUCAAACAGAGGAGUGCUGAGACAAACACAUUUUCUGUAAGUUGUGUUGGGGGGAAAAAAUAGAAUUUUCUGUUUGCUCGGCUGACAAAUGGUACUUGGCCAGAAUUUGUCACCAAUUAGUACACAAAAAAUAUGUCCAUUUCCAUGUUGGUUCUAUUUUCUUAUCAAAUGUGAUUCCAUCUCGAGAACUUAUUCCUUGUUUUGGAUGAUAGCUUAGAAAUGUUAGAAAAGUUUUCCAUAUGAUUUGUUAUGCGAUGGUGCUAAAAUAAAUUGUCAUCAUUAUCAUAACAUGUUAGAUGCACUUUAUUUCAAAUUUCAAUUUCGUACGAAUUGAUAUGCAUGAUAAAAUGCUGCGUUUAUUUGAAUGUGAAAGGGCAUUAUUAUUUUACACAUUGAUGUUUUAAAUGUGAGUGUUCUACUGAAAGUGAGUUUAAAUGUUCAGGCUUGUACAUGUAUAUUGUAAAAAUGAAUUUUGAAAAGGGAAAGUGUGCAUGAACUGUGCAACAAAUAAGUGCAGAUCUGAAAGUGAAAAUAUGCUGAAUACAAGUUUACGAUUAAUUGGUCCCUUAUUGGUUGUUAGAUGGCCUAUAAUAUGUGGCAUUUUAUUAACUAUUGACAUCCAUUUGUCAUAGUCCUUCGAAAAACUUUUUAUUAAUUUUUUUGUUCAUGUUUUGAAUAAGAAAUUAAUAGGUGAAAAAAAAAUUCAAAACCCCAGCAAAUUGUUUACACUUUUUUUGUUGUUCAAAGAUGUUUAUUUUUAUACAAAUUUUGUUGUUGACGUAUUACAACGCACAGUUAUUUGUGAAUACAUUCAUUGCUACCGUGUCUUUCCUUUUUCAAGUCAUCAUGCAAGUCGUUUCAUUGUUCAUCUUCGCAUUUAUUUUAGUUGGUGCUUCAAGUACUGUCUACUUUUCUUGUACAAAUUUGUUAUUCAUUAUGAAGCAUUGAGUAAUUUGGAGCAUGCUGAAUAAUUUCUGUGUUGGUUAAGUUUCUUCAGAAUUGUUUGACCAUUUUAUGUAGUAGGGGUGAAACUAUGCAUAUAAUUCUGCUGUGUUUGGGUUGUUGACAGGUGAUGUUAAUUGCAGCUUGAAAAUCUAUUAUAAUAAUAACUCUACAGAUUGAUAUAAAUCAAUAUAUUCCUUUAUAAUAUGACCGGUUAUUUUCAAAAUUUCACCCUUACUAUGUAGACUAGAUAUAUGUAGCCAUUGAAAACUUCAAAUUUUGUUCAUAAAUGGGUAUCAUCUGCAGAAAUAAUACCUUACUAACUAACAAAACCAUUCUAAUAAAAAAUAAUCUGGUUUAGAAAAAGAACUGAUCGUAUUUUCAAUUAUUAUAAAAACUUGAGUUCUUAGGGUUAUGGAUACACAUGAUGAUUCAUGUACAUAUUGUUUUCCCAAAUAAAUUUUAAAAGGAUUGUUUAAAAUUAGCAAUGGGCGUCGCAGCAAACUAGAUUAUUAAAAGUAUUCUUUGUGAUAUAUUGGCUGUUAAAACAAUAUCUAGGAUUAUAACCUCCACAAACCAAGUGGAGAUAUAAUUUUGGGAGAAAUAAUUUGCACAUCAGCAUUAUGAGAAAGUUGUACCCCUUUUUUAGCACAGCAGGAGGUCCUGUGUAAAACACUGGCAGUAUUGAGCUAUCAUCUUGCACGAUACAAAAUAUAAAAACCUUCCUCGGUAACAUUUUUUUUCAUUUCUUUACAAGGACAUGUUGCCACUUGAUAAAUAAAUGACUUUAUACUGUUAUUAGUAUAGAAAUCGAAAUGUACAUUUGUAUAUGGAAUAGUUAAAAUCUGUUAGUCAAUUUCUUUAUAAUUAACAAGGUUCCUCUUGGUGAAGGUAAAAUGAGUAUGUACCUACUUUAAGUUGUAUAAAGAGAACAUUUUCCCAACAAUUUAAAUGGUAUACAUUUGAAUUGUUUUCCUACAAUUUUGAUUGGAUCGACCAAAUCCCGAAGAUUUAUGCUCGAAAUUUAUACUUGUGUGUUAUAUUAGUGCUCCUGAAAUGAACAUCAAAGUUUUCAUGUGUACAUGUAUGUGUACAGACAAAGCCCACCACUGCCAAGUAUGCUAGGGGAGACAACUCUGUUUUAUACAGAUGGUUUCUUCUCUAUCAAUUAAUUGCGGUUAGAAUAUUGAAUACUACUGUCUACUGUUCUCAAAAUUAACACAAACUAUUAGUCUAGUUUACUAGUCUGUAUAUUUGCUAAAAGUUUGAUGUUUUCAUAGUGUUUGUUCCGUCAACAGGUUAAGACUUGAAUUUGUUGCAUUUUAGCUGUGUCUCCUGAAAAACGAAUAAUACUUUGUAAGUUUAUUUCAAUUUACAUACUGAAAUAAAUAUCUCUUAAAUAUAUGCUUAAUUAGCUAUGCAUAUGUACCGUCAUUUGCUGUACAUAGCUAAUUGUGAUUGUCAACAAAAACAUAAAACUUUAAACGAGAUGCAUGCACAAAGUUAUAAAUUAACAUUUUUUGUUUUCAAAAGUUGUAAUUUAUCUGAAAUAACAAACUGGAAAACAUACUUUAAUGGGUGGAAGAAGUUAUGCUUCAAGUAAUUGCUAGUUUCUAAUUAAACAAUGUUGAAUGAAGUCUUGUGUUUAUGCAUUCUUCUGGUUAAACUUUUUUUGUGUUUAGGGGAAAAAAAUCGUUUUCCUGCAAACUAAUUUGAGAAUCUCUUCUUGUAUUUCCCAUGAUGAUGAAAUAUCUUUACGAGUGUCUUUGAUGUUGAAAGGAUUAUACAAAUUAAGUUGGAUAUGCUUCAAUAGGAUUUAUUUCAAAAUUAUCUUGUGUAGCAAAAUGAAAUGAACAGGUACACAUGCUGUUGGCUUCUCCAACACAGUUUACCACUAUUUUAACACCCAGAAAUAAUCUUUGACCAGUGUCCAUGUAUUUUUGUAUGUGGAGAAAUAAUGGGAGAUAUAUUCUUUAAUCAUGACAUGUAUAAAGUUACAACAAUUUACAAUGUUGACAAUUUUAUUAAAUGAUGAAAAAGUU